CCUCUCCCAGCUUCCGUAGCCAAUCACUGACCUCCUCUCCUGGCUUCCGUAGCCAAUCACUGACCUCCCUUCCAGGCUUCCGUACUGUGGUGUUAUCGUUUCUGUACAGACAUGUAGCGCGUAUAGACCGAGUUUCCUCUCUGGGCCUAUAGGAUACCGAUGCUGCCCCAAUGUUAUCCGAUGAGCUUGAGUCUAAACCAGAGCUGUUGGUUGAAUUUGUGCAAAACACAUCCAUUCCUCUGGGAGCAGAGCUUGUUAGUAACGAGACAAAGGACCUGCCGUGCUUGCCUCUCCUACCGCUGUCUGAGGCCUCAGAAUGUGACUCCCUCCUUCUACCCGAUGUUCCCGAUGUUCAGGCAGUGCAGUCUAAGAGUCCAGGGCCGAUUAUGCUGAACAACCUGCCUGUGGGCAUUGACACCAGUUCAGAUGCCACACAAGGGAAGACGAAUGAGCUGUUGUCCCCUUCAGAAGCUUCCACCCUCCUUCAGGACAUACCCCCCUGUGACAACUCCUCCUUCAUUUUGUUUAAUCUCGCCAGAGCAGGUCUGGGAUCCCCCGCAGAGCACCUGGUGUUUGUUCAUGAUGAUGCUGAGGAUUCUGGGAAUGACUUUCUCUCCAGUGAUUGCACUGACAGCAGCACACCCUGGUUCUUGCGUGUUCAGGAGCUGGCACAUGACAGUCUACUCGCUGCCACACGUGCACAGCUGGCAAAGACCACCAAGAGUGCCAGUCAUGUGGAUGGCGGCCUUGGCACAUGCACUGAGGCAGCAGCAAGAUCACCAUCUGAAAAACGCCUUCCAUGCUCAUUCCAGGGCUGCGAUCGUUCGUUUGUGUGGCCAACACAUCUGAAGUAUCAUCUAAAAACCCACAGAAAUGAGCGUUUGUUCACCUGCCCUACCGAAGGCUGUGGGAAAAGCUUCUAUGUGCUGCAAAGGCUGAAGGUUCAUAUGCGCACUCACAAUGGAGAGAAGCCGUUUAUGUGCCCAGAGUCUGGAUGCGGAAAACAGUUUACUACGGCAGGAAACCUAAAAAACCACUUGAGGAUACAUACAGACCAGCCGCUGUCUGACCCUCUGCUUCUAGAAGACAGUCUGUCGCACUCACAUCUGAUCUCCAUGAUGGCAGGGAAGCACUCGUAUGAAGGAGAUGUGCCUAUUAUGCUGCACUGAGCACCGAAUUCUUGGAAGUAAAACCUUCUUGGCUGUUGCAGACAAUUUGAUUACAUUAGAAGAUAGUCCUAGAAAGUCAAUGUAUGAGGAGUAAACUCAGCUUCCCUGGCUUUUGUAAGUUCUGAAACGUCAUAUUGGGUGAUAUAAUUGUCACAAGCCAACAACAGCGAGGACACAAUUCCCGUGUGCGCACAGAGACUAUAAACUGUCAUCACUGCGUGUUUAUGUAAAUAUUUCUUAAACUGUAUAAAUAUAGAUAAAAGUGUUGUAA